AUGGAGUCCCGCGCGUCGCCGUUCCAGCCCGCAGCCUACGGGAAAGCCUGUGGAGGCUGCUCUAGGGCCAAGUGCAAGUGCUUCUAUCGUUCUGACGGGUCGGGGUGCGAAAGAUGCAAUCGCCUCGGGAGGGUCUGCGAGCCAGCCGUGCCUGUGCGGAAGCGCAAAGCCCAGCCGCAACAGUUGACUCCGCCUCCACCUCCACCGCCGUCGUCGUCACAGCCCCUCCAAUCAGCAAGCCGACUAGAGGAGAAGCUGGAUGAUCUAGUGACGUUGUUGAAGUCCCAGGCGGAGACCAGACACUCACAGGAGCUGCAAACUUCGCCGAGCAACAACUACAACACCCCUUCCACCACACACACCCUUGUCGAGUACACCGCCCGUACCCCAAACAUUGCCAUCGAUAAAAGUGCCGGCCUCGUCCAGUUGAUGCGGCCAGAAGACGGAUCCGAUGGCGAUGGAUCUGGCCGAUCGAUUCUCCUGCACGAUGUAUCAGUCUAUGCCAUCGCAGACACCAUGGCGCAACAGCAGCUGGAGACAUUCCGGUCUUCAUUCCUACCCAUGUUCCCCUUCGUACACCUCCCUCGCACUCUCCGUCCUACGAACCUACAGCAACAAAGACCAUUUCUGUGGCUGGUAAUCAUGGCUUUGACCACCAAGUCAGUGAAUCAGCAGUUCGCUAUGGAGGACACAAUAUGGCAGAUUCUAUCGCAGAGAGCGGUGGUGCAACACCAUGCAGACUUGGAUCUAGUCCUCGGUCUUAUCUGCUUCGCGGCCUGGUCACAUACGUUCAAGAAGGACAGGCCAUUCAUGUGUACUGUGGCGCAACUGGCGGUGUCCGUCGCGCUUGAGUUGAACCUGCACAAUGAUGCUUCACUGAGGGCUGGCGCGAAGACAAAACGACUUUUGGGAGAUCCAGAGCCUCGUGCUCGUACGAUGGAGGAACGCCGGGCGAUUCUUGGCUUGUUUCAUGUCACUUCGAUCACAUGGAAUGCGUAUCGGAAGACGGAGCCUCUGCGAUGGAGCACCUAUCUUGAUGAGUGUCUUCGAACCCUCUCACAGACUCCUGAAACCCACCUAGAUAUUGCACUCGUCUUUCAAGUGAAAUGUCUCCUCAUCAACAACCAAUUGACUGGUCCAGAUGCUUCCGCCCAGCCCGUUGGCGUUGAGAGCCACGGUGCCCCAUCACCGAUCCUAGUGUCAGCGCUCCUAGCCCAGCUUGGGGAUUUGGAGUCGAAUCUCCCUCGAGAGGUUCGAUCAAUGAAUAUCAUCCACUGCUACAUCCACAACACCGAGUUGACCAUUCGCGAGUCUGUCCUACGGAGACCCCGAGUACAGGACCACGGCGGCGUGGCCCAGAUGCAGCGUCUCCAGGACCUAGAGGCAACGCUGUCCGCGGUAGAAAAGUGGAUGCAGGUGUUGCCGGCGAUGAGGACGGUGGACUGGGCCGGCAUCAACGUCGACAACUUUGCGCAGUUCACCCACUGCCUCGUCGUCCUAUUCAAGCUGACCACUCUCAACGAGCCAGGGUGGGACACAGCCGAGGUCGAGAGGCGCCUCGAUCUGUUUGACAUCAUGGACAAGUCCAGCGACCUGAUCGCCAGCAUACCUGGGGAGAUUGGCCUGAUCGAGGCGGACGGGCCCAGGAAGGGCAUCUUUCCCAAGGCUGCGGCACUCAUGAGAGCUAUCAAGGCUUUGUUCAUGGCCGAGUUGAAGGGGGAGCAGGCGGAGAGCAGACCGCCGGAUCCGUCCAAGCAGACACAGACACAAGAUGACGCCGAGAUGGAUGCUUCUGGUUUCGAUCCAUCCCUUCUCGCAACAGACGAGUUCCUGCUCAACUUUUCGAACGAGCCAUGGCUGGCAGAUAUCUUUACGGACAACUGGUAUUUGGACCCCAGCUUACAGCAGGAGCCUAUUGUUGUCGGCUGGGAUGGUGGGCAGUCUGGGUGA